CGAAGUCUCUGAAUUUGUCGCACUGCAGUGUACAUUCCAUUCUCGCCUACUUCAAUACGACUCUUUCCGAACACGACGGCGGAGAGCGAGGGAAGCACGCCAAGAUGAAGGCAUCGACGGCCAUUGAAAUCCCUGUAACACUUGCAUACGUACUAACUUAGAAGUACUGCUUCUCGCUCCGCGCAUAAAGGCUUCCGCGUUCCAAUGGAACCCCUUACAACUCCCUCUUUGAUACCACCGCUCGCUUUUCCUCCAUGUCUUCCGCCUCAUUCCUUUCGUUACUCGUCUCGCUCUUUUGCAGUGCUCUCCUCGUGUCCGCCGCGCCCGGUCCAGGCGUUCGUGUCACGGAAUCUUUUCCACCGCCGCCGUCAUCCUACGAUGUCAUGCGUCAUCACCCCGCUCCUGGUGCUGAGCGUAAUCUUCCACCGGCAGUCUUACCCCAAGCUGUCUUCUCCGCCCCGCUCCACGCCAGUGCCCCGCGUCGCCAGGCCAAAACGCAUGCGCUCAGCCAUCUCGUUGCGACGCAAUCCGGGGCAAAAGCGACGAUCCCACAGGUCUCUCUCACGGGCGCGGCGCUGGAUAUGGAGUACCUGGCUCAGAUCGUCGUGGGUGGGCAGAAGUUCGACGCGAUCGUUGAUACCGGGAGCUCCGACACGUGGCUCAUCGAGGACAACUUUGUCUGUCUGAACCAAUCCGGACAAGCCCAGCCGCCCGCCGGGUGCAACUUUGGCGCAGCGACAUACAACAAAACAGAGUCCAAGACUUUCAAGGCGUUUCCAAACAGCUCGUUCGCCAUCGUGUAUGGGGAUGGGGAGUAUAUGUCUGGCGCGGCGAUGUACGAAACCGUGAAUAUCGGAGGGCUCUCAGUUUCCAGCCAAGAGAUGGGUGUCGUCAGUAAAGCUUCCUGGAGCGGUGACGGACUGAGCUCCGGGCUGCUAGGACUCGCGUACCCAGCCUUGACGAGCGUACGGAAUGGCACCAAAGGUCCGGUCAUGUCCUACGAUCCGUUUUUCAUCAGCGCUGUCAAGCAGCAUAAGACGAUGCAUUCAUACUUUUCUCUGGCCAUUAACCGCGGCACCACGCGUGGGGAGCACUCCAAUGCCGAGCCCCACCUUGGCUACCUCUCGUUCGGUGGGAUCGCACCUGUGCCCGUCACCAGCACUAAUGUCACUGUACCCGUGCAAGGCUACGCCGUUUCUCCAUCAGGGUCGAACUCCUCUCCGUUCUCUUACUUCGCCGUUGACAUUCAGGAGUACGUCUUUCCUCAGAGCGCCAACGUGAGCUCCUCGAACAACAAUACGAUCAUCGACUCGGGAACCACACUGAACAUCCUGCCUGCCCCGGUGGCACAGGCGUACAAUGCGGAUAUCGGCACGUGGCGAAACGGGUCUUACUAUGUCCCGUGCAACGCCACCAUGCCCCCGUUCUCGGUUGUGCUAGCUGGCAAAUCGUUUUCCAUCGAUCCGAGAGAUCAGGUGGUCAGAGCAGGCACCGAUAACGUUACCGGAGAAGAUGUGUGUCUGUCUGGGACCCAGUCUGGCGGCGAGGAUCUUGGGAACGAUAUCUUCAUCCUGGGCGAUGUGUUUUUGCACAACGUCGUUGCGACGUUUGAUGUCGUGAAAAACAGUAUCACUUUUUCGCAGCGGAAAAAGUACUGAUAGGUGUGAUCUGUUUGUCCUAAAUACGUGGUACAUUUUCCGUAGUAUCUGUAUUGUAAAGUAGGCGUUGAUCGUCAACAUUACUUGAGAGUUCCGUGUAGAGAGCUUGCCAUGUCACAGUCCGUCACAGGCGCGAUGGCCGAGUGGUUAAGGCGACAGAUUCGAAUGCACGCUAUCUGUUUCGGUUUCCGAGCGCAGGUUCAAGUCCUGCUCGCGUCGAUCCCUUCGUUUUGAACCCGACAAGAUUCACUCUCGCACUUGGAUUUUGUUAAGCCUUCCUCAGUUCCGGCAUGGCGAGCGACUGGGUCAUGUCGCUCGGAAGAAUUUGUACAGGUUUACAAAUCGCCUUCACACCCCAAGAGGAUCGGGCGAGUAAAAGACAUGGGUGGUUGAGCCUCCUCAAAUUUGCAACGGCUACCCGCAAUCACUUCAUUACCCACUAAAUUACUACUAAAAUAUCUUGCCAGCAGCUGGGAAUGAGCUCUAGGACGUGUUUUAUCACGAGAUCCUGAGGGAGAAACUCGAAUUCAUCCCAAUCGACACGCAGGGUGACUGCCUGCACUUUGUGCAGCACCGCCAAUGUUGAAAACGCGUGAAACGGGUCAGAAUAUUUCGUCAGCGCCAGGGUGCUUCCAACGCCGAGCGAUAGAGACUGUAUCCGCAGACCGCUAUCCCCGAGUCGAAUCAGCAUGCUGAUGAAAUCCGCAUCCACGGAAAGCUCCCCCAGUCUAUCAUUUUGCCCUAUGCUCAUGGAAAUGGAAAGCAUUUCGC